UUGCGUUCAACACCGUAGUCUGUAGCUGCAAGUAGAGGAAAAUGGUGGUUCAAGAAGGCAGAAGCAGAUAAGGAUGAUAUUCUCUGCUUCUCUCUCUACACACAAAUUUCUACUUAUCCUCUACACAAAUGGCAUGACUGUUAAACCCCAAACGCUAAUUAUUUUGAACCAAUUGAAUCCCUUCAUCUUCUUCUCUCUAAAAUUUUCACUUCAUCCGCAUUGGUAGUAUAGUCUCACUGCAUGAGUAGGCAAGAAGAGGACAAGAUAUCCUUCAAACCAAAGUGGUAUCUAAAGCAUCCAUGGAUUUGGUUACUAUUUCUCACCCAUCUUCUAUCUCUUCUCAUCUUAUAUCCCCUUCGUUUCUCAGAACAUCAAGUUUUCUUUCUUCUUCUUCUCGAUUCUCCCGCCGUACCAGUAUUUCUUCUCUUCAAUGGUUAAAUCAAUCUUCUUCUUCGUGUACUUAUACUACUACCAGGGUAAAGAAUUUCUCAACAAGGUGUUCGACGGCGAACGCUGAUGUACAGAUCAAUCAUGUUGUGGCAGAAGAUGAGGCUCAAGAUGAUUCGUCGUCAUCAAUCCAAUCUGGGUUGUCGAUACCAAUUGUUAGCUUUUGUCCGGAGAUUCUGGAGACAGAGUCCCUGAGUUUACUAACUGAAGAUAGUUGCGUAGAUGAUAUUAUUACCACUUUGCCUGUUCUUUCAGAAGAGGAGCAGAGAACCUUAGCAGCCACUCCAGCCCAUCCUGCAGGACUAUACGCUUUAUAUGCUAGUUGCUUAGCUGGUAACUUGGUGGAGCAACUGUGGAACUUUGCUUGGCCUGCUGCUGUAGCAAUGAUUCAUCCAAGUCUUCUACCAGUGGCUGUUGUUGGUUUCUUUACAAAGCUUGCAAUUUUUGUCGCAGGCCCUUUAGUUGGCAAACUUAUGGAUCACUUUCCUAGGGUACCAGCGUAUAACUGUUUGACCACUGUCCAGGCAGCUGCUCAGUUGCUAUCUGUUGCAAUGAUAAUUCGUGCUCAUACAGUUACCUCUAUCCCUGCUGCAUCCGUAUUGCUUAAGCCUUGGUUCUGUGUGCUAGUACUAGCUGGUGCUGUGGAGAGGCUUACAGGAUUGGCACUGGGGGUCGCCAUGGAACGCGAUUGGGUUGUGCGGUUAGCAGGCACGAACAGGCCAAUCGCACUGGCUCAAGCAAAUGCUAUUAUCAGUCGAAUCGAUCUUCUCUGUGAGAUAGCUGGAGCAUCCCUUUUUGGUAUUUCGUUAUCCAAGUAUGAACCAGUGACAUGCUUGAAACUUGCUGCUGGCUCGAUGAUAUGCAGCGUGCCUGUGGUGGUAUCUCUAAUGUGGCUAAGCAAUAAGCUGUCAGCUGGUGUUCUUGAUCUCUCAAAAUCCCCCCAGGCUUGGAAUAUAAGUUUGUCAGAAGUUCCUUCGCAUGUUCAUGGAAAUUUAGUUGAAAUUGGUGUGGAUGCCAUCAAGCAUGGGUGGAUGGAAUACAAGCAGCAACCAGUUCUUCCUGCAAGCCUAGCUUAUGUACUCCUCUACUUCAAUAUAGUUCUUACUCCUGGUGGCUUAAUGACAGCAUUUUUGACGCAGCGUGGUCUAAACCCCUCUAUCAUUGGCGGGUUUAGUGGAUUAUGUGCUUUUAUGGGUGUUGCUGCAACAUUCAUUUCUGCAAGUCUCGUGAAGCGGCUUGGCAUUCUAAAGGCUGGGGCAGCUGGACUUAUCUUUCAGGCAUUCCUUCUAACGGUAGCUGUUGCUGUGUAUUGGAGCUGUUCUCUUUCUCAGAAAACACCCUUAAUUUUCUUCCUUUCCUUGAUUGUAUUAUCAAGGUUAGGCCACAUGUCAUAUCAUGUUCUUGGGGCCCAGAUUCUUCAGACUGGCAUACCAGCUUCAAAAGCAAACAUUAUUGGAACUACAGAGCUCUCGGUGGCAAGUCUAGCAGAGUUUGUGAUGUUGGGAGUUGCAAUAAUUGCGAAUGAUGUUUCUCAUUUUGGUUUUAUAGCAAUGCUUUCCCUCUCUGCUGUUGUUGGGGCAGCGUGGCUUUUCUGCCGAUGGUUAGUCAAUCCAACUGAUGAACAAAAAAAGCUGUUCUCCUUCGAUCCUCAGUUUUAAUUCUCCAAAGCUGUUGACUAGCAAUGUCCAGACAAUACUCAUGUAUUUAUCGGCUUGACACUAACCUGUGAGGUGUACCUUCCACCUCACCGAUUCACCACUUUGUUGCGGGUUUAAGAGAAGUGAAGUGGAUUGUUUUUACCAUGAAGUUAAACAUUUGACAAACCAUUUACCCUAAGAUGCACGUUGAGAUGACAAGAUCGAAACCAAAACCACAUACGGACAUGUGACUACAAACUGAAACUAAGAUCAGUAGAGAUAAUCACAUCAAGGUGGAGCCUAUUGUAUUAUACCCAUUGAAUGCAUUCACGAUUCUUUUUCUACAUGUUUAUAUAUAAACAGUCUUGGUUUUGAACCUCCACCCCUACUUUGUGGGGUAUAUAACUGACAAUUGAAAUUUGUAAAUUAUUUGCUUAUAAUAUUAUAAUUGUUCAUCAGUA